AUGUCUGAUUGGAUACCGUCGUCUGACCCCGAGUUCAGCAUGCAGUGCUCCGCUCUCAGGAAGAACGGUCACGUCGUCAUCAAGGGCAGGCCUUGCAAGAUCAUUGACAUGUCUACCUCCAAGACUGGUAAGCACGGUCACGCCAAGGUCCACCUUGUCGCUACCGACAUCUUCACCGGCAAGAAGCUCGAAGACAUCUCCCCCUCUACCCACAACAUGGAUGUCCCCAACGUCACCCGACGAGAGUACCAGCUCCUCGACAUCCAGGAUGAAUUCCUCAACUUGAUGGAUGCCGACGGAAACUCCAAGGACGACGUCAAGGUCCCCGACACCGAGAUCGGUCAGCAGAUCGCCGCCGACUUUGAGGCCGGCAAGGACCUCAUGGUCACCAUCAUCGCCGCCAUGGACGAGGAGCUUGCCAUCUCUUACAAGGAGGCUCCCGCCAGCUAA